AUGUUAUCGCAAUUUUUCGGUUUUUUAUGUGUCCUUACAAAGGAAAUCGUAUGCAUCGAAGUGGAUACACCGUUUGCGAAUAACACGGCGGUUUUGGAAUUAACAUGCCAAUUUGAUGCGGGAUGUUCGAAAAGACUUUUGAGCGUUGAUCAUUUCAUGUCCGAUUAUUUUAUGGAUGUUGAUGGAAAUUUUACUGAUUUGCUGGAGGUUGGUUUCAAGAUGAUUUGAACAUAUGAAUCUUUUGAGCUUUCGCUCCAGAUUUGUGAUACAAAUCUGUUUUCUCGCUUUGCGUUGUCAGAAAUAUCUAAAAUUUUCAGGGAAAAUUCUGCUGCGCGGACAUCGAAUGUUAUCAAGAAUGUUUUCCUGACCGCAAAUUCGAAGAUUCUUAUCAUUUUCCAUCGGGAAUCAAAUCAAUUUCCGAAUUCGAACCUAAGUUUCUGAACUUGUUCGAUAUCAAAAAAUUGAUUAGAAUAAUGAGUGGCGAAUCGAGCAAAAAGAACUUAAAUAUUUCCAAAAUGCUCUACAUGAUUGUUGGAAAUUACAGUGAAACUCGACGACAACAUUUCAGAAAACAGCUUCAACAAAUCACUUUAUUCAAAAGUAUGUUUAUUUCCAGAACCUCAUAAAUAAAAAUAGUUCUUUUUUCAGGAAAAGAAUCACCCGAUUUGCCGAUGUUAAGUAGCUUGAGAUAUCAUUUGAUAUUGAAUGAGAUGGCUUUUGUUAAAAUGGGUUGCGGAUUUUUGGAUAAAGAUGAGGAGAUGGAUGCAAUUUUGAGAAGGGAGAAAAAUCUUGAAAGUUUGGAAGAUAUCAAUCGAUCGUAUUUAUGGAUGGAUUUGUACUUUUUGGAAUACCGAAAUCGCACUACCAAUUUUGAGAGACUUGUCAAAAAAGUGGGUUUUUUUCAAAAAGUAUUCGAGACAAAGAAUUUAUUCCAGAAAAACAAGUGUGUUUUGAAUUGGAGCACAGAUGUUCCAAGAACCAAAAUCGCCUCGAAGUUUCCGGAAAAUUGGGAAUAUUUGAAUAAAAUCAAUCCGGAUUUCUUUGAAAUGUUCACAAAUCUUGGAAUGCGAGCAAUCGCUGAACGCAAUAUGUAUUUCACCGAUUUCUUAAGCGCUGUUGCUAAUCUCAUCACUGAACAACAAUAUCAUUUCAAAAAUUUGGAAGAUGAAUAUUGGGGAAACGGUACGAUUUCGAAAAAUGUGUUGAAUCCAUUUUUGGAUGAUGCAUCGGUUAUGAAUUUGUUGUGUAAAUAUAAAAAACCGUGUGAAUAUGCGGCAAAAGAGGAUGAGAUUGUUGCAUUUUACAAGGAGAUGAAUAUGACAUAUUCAAGAAUUAUGCAUGUAAAACGAGUUGAUCAUUUCAAAAAAGUGAAAAUUGUGGAAAAUAAAUGCUGUUUCACACUGGAAUGUCUCAAUUUGUGCUCGCCACGUUUGACCGAUAAUGUGUACGCUGUGAAUUUUCCGUAUAAUUAUGAUUUGUUGAGAUAUCUCAAUGUUGAUUUCAACAAAAUGUUCAAGAAAACAACAAUUGAAAAAAUUCGAAAUGGAACUAUUGAUGAUCGAUUGAUGGAAAUCAUUCGAAUUUUGAUAUCAAAUCGAUUUGAACAAUACUCUUGGGCUCAGAGAACACUUCAAGAUGUUGCAAUUGUGUUUGGGAAACGAGAAGGAGGUUUGAAUAACUUUUAAAGGGACAAACUUUGUAAUUUAUUGCUUUUCUCUCUUUUUUGAAUCAAAAAUGUGAUAUUUUCAGAAAGAGAUGAGAAUUUAUACGAUAUGUAUGUUAGUGAAAAAAGUGAUUAUCGACCAACUCCAAGAGAAACUAUCACUUCCGAAAGACCGCCAGAACCACUUUCUGAAACAAGUUCAAAAGUCAGCCCAUUUACCGACGAUUUUGAAGUGUUUGAAAAAAUGUGUCAGCAUUACGAUUCAUCAACGGGAAAAUCGUGUGAGGAGUUGGACUAUAUUCGACCUUCAGAUGUUCGACAACGACUUCGAGAGAGACAUAUUGAUCCGAAUGUUAUUGAAUGGGUUGUUGAAAAGAGGUGUUGUGUGACAAAAGAUUGUAUCAAAGCUUGUAAUAUAUUGCGUUCGGUUCGAAAUCCAUUGUGCAAACAAUUUCCGAAUAAUAAGGAGGAAUGGGACAAAAUUGAUCCCGCAUUUUGGGGGGUUUGUUUUUUUUUUUGGGGAACAACUUUGUUUCUAAAAAAAGUAAUUCAAAAUUUUUAAUCUAAAAUACUGAUUUGCAACGUCAUAACUCAUUUUUUGACCCAAAUAUUUCAGUUGAUCACGCCGGAAGCUAGAGAAGUGUUCUACCUGACAGAUUCGGAUAUUGCAAAAAUAAAUCGGCCAAAUGUUGAAAAAUAUGUGGAACCCGAAGAAGUCAAAUAUUUUGUGCAAAGAGCUGUUUGUGCAAUGGUUCAUGCAUUCAAAAAUGAAACUGUUGGAAAAAAGACAUGUGAGUUUUUGGAGCUAAAAAAUUUGUAUCAGGAGUUUCCAAAAUAUAUUAUCUAAUUUCCAGUGAAAAUCCCUUACACGCCGUUUUCGGAUGAUCGACAGAUUCUUGAAAAAUUAUGCAAUUUGAAAUUGGAUGAAGCAAAUGAGGAAUGUGGAAAACCCGAAGAAUUUUCAACUAUUCGGAAUAGUUUGAAACAAUUAAGAAUGAAUCAUACAUUGGCUGAAGAGUUUUCGGUAUUUUUUAUUUUCUAAAUAUUUUUUAUUGAAAAUUUGUCCGUUUUUCAGAAAAGACCAUGCUGUGUAACUCCGGAAUGUUUGGAAAAAUGUAUACCGAACUUGGAGCAGAAAUUCGAUAAAUUUAGAAAUGGUGAUUAUGGUGUAAGAGAUAGUUUAAAUAGUAUUCCUACAUAUUAUCAAUUUGUCAUCGUAUACAUGGUAUUAACUUUUUCUUUGGAUUUUAAAUUUUAAUUGGUUUUUUUUCAGAAUAUGCAUCAGGAAACUACUGACGACUACUCUAAGAAUAAAUUACCUCCCAGAUUGAGAAUUGUUAUUGCCGCUUUGUUGAGCGAUACUAAACCUUCACACUAA